UAUUAUUUUGUUUUCAAAAACAUAUUUCGAGGUUAUGAAUGUCAUAUGUUCCGUGCAAACUGAAUAAAUUUAUUAAAAGAAAAUCAGUUUUAGAAAUUGUUUGUUAAUUUUAUUGUGUGCAAAAUGUGUGAUAAUGAGUCAUCAGCCAAAAAGAAUAAUGAUGCUCGAGAAACAUUCUCUGCGAUAAUGGAAAUUUCUAAUCUUUUGAAUACAGGUUUAGAUGCUGAAACUUUAACUUACUGUGUAAGAUUAUGCGAGAAUGGUGUUCAUCCUGAAGCUUUGGCAACUGUCAUCAAGGAAAUGAAAAGGGAAGUUGAAUCAAUCAAACACAAUCAAGAAAACGGACUCGACCGAGGAAAAAAGGAUAAUAGAAACAUGUGAUACCGCUGGUAGAGUUCACAACUCAUAAGUCUGUACAACUUGAAGCUUUAUGAUUUCAUCCACCGUUGAAACAGCAAAGAAUUCAGUUUAAUUUCUGGAAUCGUAGACGUUUUUGAACAUAAACUAUAUGGAAACUACAGUGAAUCAGGACAACAAACAUUAUGUAUGUAACUUGAUAACUCAUUUUUAUUUAUAAAUGAUAUACCAUGUAUAAAUAUAAGAUUGAUAAUUUGUUAAAUUCUUCCAAUUUAAAACAUUUUAUUGUUGAAAUACGUUUCUGUAAACAAUUAUAAAUAAUAAUUU